AUGCAGAACGCUGGCGCUGGUGGAUCGGGCAGUGAGCCAAACCUAGGAGCAAAUCGUCCGGUGAUGCAAUCGAGACACCCAGAAGCGGACCGGCUUGACCAAUGGGAACAAGACUUCAACGAGAUGAGCCAGCACUUCGCGCGUCUCGAAAGAAGUCUGCUGGAAGUACAGAAUCUUCGGGUGUUCAUAGUAACAGAACGAAAUGCUCGUCUUCGACAGCUUCAUCAGGACGCUACACAGCUCCGUCAGCGUGCAGCCCGAGCUCAAACCGACGUCCAGCGAGUCGAGUUAAAUGUGUCCAACGUAGACAACAGAGAGCUGCGGCGUGCUUACGCUCAGCAUGCCCGCAUCGCUCGUGGGCUCGAGGAGCUGAUAAAAGACGUCGACCACGCCACCCCAAGCAUCGAAUAUCAAUUGACGCAAUUUAAGCCCCCCUCAGCGCCAUUGCAA